AUGAGGCGGAAGGCUGAGGAGGGCCUCGGCCCCGGCCUCCCCCAGCGAGGCCUCAGCCUGGGCCUGGCCGCUGCCUCGAAGCUCCACUGCACCAAGAACACCCACACGGGGAAGGCGAUCGUGGCCGGUGGCAUCGCUGGAGGCAUCGAAGUCUUUGUCACCUUCCCCACAGAGUACAUCAAGACCCAGAUGCAGCUGGAGGAGAAGGCCAAGAAUCCUCGGUACACCACUGUGGGUGACUGCAUAAAGCUGACCAUCCAGGAGCACGGCAUCCUGGGCCUCUAUCGGGGCCUCAGCAGCCUGCUCUAUGGCGCUAUGCCCAAGUCAGCAGUGAGGUUUGGCACAUUUCAGUUCCUGAGCAAUUACGCCAGAGACGCCAAUGGCAAGUUGAGCAACAUGAGGAGUUUCCUCUGUGGCCUCGGAGCCGGCGGCAUGGAGGCCGUUGUCAUCGUCUGCCCCCUGGAGACCAUCAAGGUGAAAUUUAUUCAUGAUCAGAAGAUGGGGAAAGCCAAGUACCGCGGCUUCUUUCAUGGGGUUCAGGAGAUUGUGCGGGAACAAGGCCUACACGGAAUCUACCAGGGCAUCACCGCCACCAUCAUCAAGCAAGGAACCAACCAGGCCAUCCGCUUCUUCACCAUGACCUCCCUCCGCAACUGGUACCUAGAUGAUAAUCCGCAGAAAAAGAUGAACCCCGUCAUCACGGCUAUCUUUGGGAUCACCGCAGGAGCAGCCAGUGUCUUUGGCAACACCCCAGUUGAUGUGGUAAAAACAAGGAUGCAGAGCCUGGAAGCCUCCAAGUAUAAAAACACAUUGGAUUGUGCCAUCCAGGUCUAUAAAAACGAGGGCGUCAGGGCGUUUUACAAGGGAACCCUUCCGCGCCUGGUCAGGGUCUGCCUGGACGUGGCCGUCGUCUUCGUCCUGUAUGACGAAAUUGUCAAAUUUCUGAACCUGAUCUGGUGACCGGCCGGGGACGCUGCCCAGCGGACCUGAUGCCGCUCCCGCUCUCCUGCCCAGGAAGGCCUCGCUGCUGCCUCGGGGAUGGGCGCUGGGCUCCAGCCCCCGCCUCCACUGGGGCCUCCUUUGAUGGGAGUCCAGGCCUGCCCAAGCCCUCCUCCCCGGGCUUCCCGGCCAGGCGCGCCUGGGCCCUCUCCUUUCUGUGCCAGCGCCGGGGCGGCACCAUCAGCUUCAUCCCCCUCCUCUUUCAGCCAGAGGAAGAGA